AGUACUUUAUCCAAUUAUUUACAUUUACAUUAGUGUAUUGUUCAUACUAUUUGAAUGGUACAGCAAGUUCUGCAGUUGGAAAAGUGAUCUGGAAAUCAGACAACACUAUUCUGACCUGGCUGUCUAGUGUAGGAUUAGAUGUGCAGUACAUCCUUCCUAGAAAAAGCAAGCUUUGUAGUAUCAUCUUAGUUUCCUUACACCACAGGCUGUUAUUGUAAUGCUCACGCGAUCGGCUGGUGUAUGUCUAGGGGAAAAUUCAUCCGCCCGCCAAACCGCACUUCCCGUAUACAUGGAUGCUGUGAAAUGAACACUAGUAUAAACUCACACACACAAUAUCAAACAGCACACCAUGUACAUUUGCAGAAAACACUUUAUCAAUCUUACUAAAACUAAGUGAUUAAUAGCAAUACAAUAUAUGAAAGAAAAGAAAGGAAAGAAAAGGCGCCAGAACGUAUCAGGGUUCAGUCAAUUAGUGCACAAUCGUUGGAGCUCAACCAUUGAGGUCUUCGGUCCACUAUUCGAUCUUCUCCAACCUCCACGACCCGCAUGCCUGGGACCAACCUCGGUGGUCGACCAGAGCGCAUCCAGCACCGUCCGCCUUCCUCGCGAUCUCCUCUCCAGCUCCCCAAAAGUCCGCCAACAACAGCUCACAGACCCACAAGAAAGAAUAACAUCUAUCCCAAUUGGUAAACAAAUGAACACAAUUCUCAUUAUCAGUAAUUAUAACCCAAACAAGCUGCAAAGGAAAGCACUCUCUCACCAGUUACCAUAACAAAGAAACAUUCCUACUUUUACUUAACAAAGAAGCCAUUUUGAUUAACAUAUGCAGUAACAUAAGAAACCCCUUACAUUAUUCUGUUCUUGAAUGUACUGUAGUUGUGGUGCAAUUGGUUUCAUGAUUUUUGUAACUUAUUUUUCUAGUGUAAGCUAUUAUAGAGGAUAUUGUGCAAGAUGAGAAACCACAAAUCAAAAACUGGCAAUAUGGGUGGGUCAUUGUCUUUUGCCCAGCAGAUUCAGGAAAAUUAAAGAAGAGGAGGUGAAUUAACAAUAUAAAAAUAAAAUUUAAAUAGAACUAUCAUACUGAAGAAUCUAAUCACAUAUAUUAACCUACCUUAUUCUAUCUUCCCACUACCUGGUCAUUGCACCCCACACCCUGCCACCGCUCAAGUCUUACCACUUACUUCCCACUGCAAAGUCCCCCUAAAACAAUUCCUCUAUGCCUACUCUAAAGAAUUGACCAGUGUCAUUUUAGUAGAAACAAUACAACCAAUCCAAGAAAGUCAAUAAACAAAUUUCAAUCCCAAGGCUGCAGUGAGUGACUCACCUUAUGACACCCCAAAGCCUUUCUACUAUCUGCAACACACAUAAGGACAGUGAUGAAAUGCUCUCUCCCUGCCUAGAUAUGCGUAUCUCCAAUGACAUUCAAGAAACCCAACACUCACAGGGCAAAAUAGCUUACGUGGCUGACACUUUAUUUUGCACUGGAAUUAAAACUGGUUUAUUAUUGUCGCAUCUACCCGAGAUCCAGUGAAAAGCUUGUCUUGCAUGCUGUUCAUACAGAUCAGAUCAUUACACAGUGCAUUGACGUACCAGAGGUGAGAACAUAUUAGAUCUGUUAAUGCCAACAUGGUGCUUCCAAGGCUGUCUGCCCCGCCCCACCUUGGAUACUCUGACUACUUACCUAUUAUACUAAUUCCUGCGUACACUGAUUAAAUGGGUCAAGUCAGUUCAAAGGGAGGCAAAGACCUGGCCAGAAAGUGCAACCUCAGCGUUAUAGGACGGUUUGGAAAACACGGACUGGAGCAUGUUCAGGGAGGUGGAUACCUCUGAUCAUCACAUUAACGUUGAUGAAUAUAUGGGAUCUGUGACUGGCUAUACAGAGAAUUGCAUUGAGCGUAUCGCCGUGAUUCUGUGAAGGCAAAUCAGAAGCCAUGGUGAACAGCAGAGAUCUGGGCACUGCUGAGAGACUGGGGUGCUGCCUUCAGUUUGGGGAAUAAAAUGGCUCUUAGGUCAGCAAAAGCUGCACUUUUCCUAUAUCAAGAAGGCAAAACAGGACAAUUCGGAGAGAAUUUACAGCCAUUUCUGUUACACCAGAAAUGCAUGUGGCAGGCAUUCAGGCCAUAACAGAUUACAAGUCCUGCAAUAAUGACAAUGAAACCUCUCUUCCUGAUAGGCUGAAUGACUUUUACGUACAGGUUGAUGACGGAACGAUGUACUGCUGAGGAAGGCCCUCCCUGCACGUGAGGUACAGGCACUCUGACUGGCCACAGAUGAUGGGAGGAAUACCUGAGAUUGCAUCAUUGAAGAAAUGAAAAGGAAAUGAACUAAAGCUAGCAGAUAUGAUUGAAGCUUAUAAAAUUGAAUAAACUCUUAUCUCAUUGUCUCUAAUGUUUUGUGUUUAUCAUGUUGCUGCAAAUUUUAAGUGCACCUGCGCAUACAAGUACUAGUGCAAAACUUGACUUGAACAAAAAUUAACGAGAAAAAAGCUGCCAUUUAACAUGUUGUUAUAAAUCGUAUGGUGGAUGUACUCUCCAAAAUGGGAUUUGGGGAGGGAAUCCGGAAUUGGAUCAAACUGCUCUACAUGGACAUCUGUAGCGCAGUCCAGGUCAAUGGGUGGGAAACAGACAGCUUCCCCAUCAGGUCUGGAGUCAGGCAGGGCUGCCCUCUCUCCCGUCUUGUUCGUGUGCUGCAUAGAACCCUUUGCCAAAGCCAUCAGGAGGGAUGAGGGCCUAACAGGGUGACGCUGCCAGGCAGCAGAGGGACACAAGUCAAAACCUCCCUGUACAUGGACGAUGUCACCGUCUUCUGCUCUGAUUCGAGGUCAGUUCGCAGGCUGAUCAGCAUCUGCGAACAGUUCGAGCAGGCGUCAGGGGCCAGGGUCAACUGCACGAAGAGCGAAGCUAUGCUCUUCGGCAACAGGCCUGACCGAUCCAGCGUCCCCUUCACCAUCAGGGCUGAUCACCUGAAGCUGUUGGGGAUCUGGUUCGGAGGGGCCGAGGUGUGCAACAAGAACUGGCAGAAGUGGACUGCCAAGAUGGAAAAGAAACUGGGGCUGUGGGGAGGGCGCUCCCUAUCGAUAGCAGGCAAGAACCUGGUCAUCAGGUAUGAGGUGCUCUCAGGGCUGCUGUACUUGGUGCAGGUGUGGCCAGUCCCCCGCUCCUUCAGCUCAGAAAUCACCCGAGCCGUCUUCAGAUUCGUCUGGGGAUCCAAGAUGGAGCGGGUCAGACCGACCACCAUACACAAGUCCCUGGACAACGGGGGCAAAAACGUCCCCAAUGUUGCCCUCACCCUGAUGGCCAGCUUCGUGUGUGGCUGCAUCAGGUUGUGUGUGGAUCCCAGGUACGCAGGCACCAAGUACCACUACGUGUCCAGGUUCUACCUGUCGCCCUGGCUGUGAAGGAUGGGUCUGGCCCCUUUCCUGCACAACACCCCUGUCAGCUGGUCGUUGCCGCCAUACCUGUCCUUCGUAGAGAAGUUCUUUCUGGUCAACGCCUUUGACCGCAGGGCCAUCAGGCAGUGGUCAGCACGUAGGGUCCUGCAGGCACUGCAGGAGAAGGACGAGAUGGACACAGUGGGAUGGUUCCCUGAGCAGACUGUCCAGUUCAUCUGGCAAAAUGCCUCAUCGCCAGACCUCACCAACAGGUACCAAGACCUUGCCUGGCUGGCGGUGAGAGGGGCUCUCCCAGUCUGAUCCCUCCUGUACGCCCGGAAUGUUGUCUCCACACCCCUUUGCCCACGGGAGGACUGCAGUGAGGAGGAGUCGGUGACCCACCUCUUUGCACACUGUGGAUUCGCGGAGAAGGUGUGGAGGAAGAUGGAAGGGGCAGUGUCAAGGUUCAUCCCCAGCAGCUGUGUAACAGAGGACUCUCUGAUCUACGGGCUGUUCUCGGGGACGCACACCGAGACCAACAUCCGGUGCUGCUGGCAGAUCAUCAACUCGGUCAAAGAAGCUCUUUGGUCGGCCCGAAACUUGAUGGUCUACCAGCACACGGAGAUGUCCGUGGAGGAAUGCUGCCGACUGCCACAUUCUUGGCUGCAGGAGAACGUGCUGAGGGACGCACUCAAACUUGAUGCAGACACCGCAAGGGCCCAGUGGGGAAGGACCACAGUCUAGGGUUCUUCUCCUGUGGGAGUUGAGGGUUGGGGGGGGUUGGGGGU